AUGGGUCAGAAGGUCACUGGCGGGAUAAAGACUGUGGAUAUGAGAGACCCUGCAUACAGGCCACUCAAGCAGGAGCUCCAGGGGCUGGAUUACUGCAAGCCCACGCGCCUGGAUUUGCUAUUGGAUAUGCCUCCGGUCUCGUACGAGGUCCAGCUGCUGCACUCAUGGAACAACGAUGACCGCUCACUGAACGUCUUUGUGAAAGAGGACGACAAACUAAUAUUUCACCGGCAUCCGGUGGCUCAGAGCACAGAUGCCAUCCGAGGCAAAGUUGGAUAUACGAGGGGACUGCAUGUGUGGCAGAUCACGUGGGCCAUGAGGCAGCGGGGCACGCAUGCCGUGGUAGGGGUGGCUACGGCGGACGCGCCCUUGCAUUCUGUAGGGUACACGACCCUGAUAGGAAAUAACCAUGAAUCCUGGGGCUGGGACCUUGGGCGGAACAGACUGUACCACGACGGCAAGAAUCAGCCGAGUAAAACCUACCCUGCCUUCUUAGAACCGGAUGAGACUUUCAUUGUGCCGGACUCUUUCCUGGUGGUCCUGGACAUGGAUGACGGGACCCUGAGCUUCAUCGUAGACGGGCAGUACAUGGGUGUUGCUUUUCGAGGACUUAAAGGGAAAAAACUGUAUCCAGUUGUAAGCGCGGUGUGGGGGCACUGCGAAAUACGGAUGCGCUACUUGAACGGGCUUGAUCCCGAACCACUGCCUCUGAUGGACCUGUGCCGGCGUUCUGUGCGGCUGGCUCUGGGCAAGGAUCGACUGAGUGAGAUCCAAGCGCUGCCACUGCCGGCAUCCCUCAAGAGCUACCUUCUCUACCAAUGA